CAGUUUCGUCUUGGAUACAGCGCACAGUGUGCACUGCUUAGCCCACACGCCCAACGAGUUUUUCCCACACUCGCUCAUUUAUUAUUUUACAAGCGAAAAUUUGUUUGAUUCAAUUGUUUUGAUUCAACUGUAAAAUAAGGUAAGAAGAAAUGAGAGCGCUAAAAUUUCAGUCCCUAUUCAUCACGCUUCUCAUGGCGAUUCUUUCAAAUUUUUCAUCUGCCGGAGAGCAGCAGCAGCAGCCGGUGGUUGACAUUCCGACGCUGGGCCGGUUAGUCGGUUCCCAAUUGUCGUCGGCGUCCGGUCGAAAGUUUCACGCCUUCAGAGCCAUUCCGUAUGCGCUGCCACCUGUUGGAGAUCUCCGCUUCAAAGAUCCUAUUCCAGCCAAGUCCUGGGAUGAAGUGCUGGACGCCAGUCGCGAAGGGCCCAUUUGUACGCAAUUCAAUUCCAUCAUGGCCGAUGGUUUUGUCCACGGACAGGAAGAUUGUCUCUACCUGAACGUCUACACACCGCAACUGAAGACGGCCGGCAGCGAUCGUCAUCUUCUCCCGGUGAUGGUGUGGAUUCAUGGCGGGGCUUUCUACAUGGGAAGCGGCAACGGUGAGAACGACAGGUUCGGACCCGGUUACAUCCUCGAUCGUGACGUCGUCCUGGUGACUUUCAACUACCGACUGGGACCUCUCGGUUUUCUCAGCACCGAAGACGUCGAUGCCCCAGGAAAUUACGGACUUCUCGACCAGUCGUUGGCCUUGCGAUGGGUGCGCGAUCAUGUUGGCCACUUUGGUGGCGAUCCAAACUCGAUAACCAUAUUUGGUGAGAGCGCAGGUGGUGCCAGCGUCGACUUUCACGUCCUCUCUCCAUAUUCCAAAGGCUUUUUUCAUCGAGCCAUCAUUCAAUCGGGGACAGCGAAAUGUCCGUGGGUGUUGGACACACCCGUCGGCGAAUACACGAAAAUUCUGGCCGAGCAUCUGGAUUGCCCGACGGCCACUUCCAGCGAGUUACUCCAAUGUCUGAGGACGCGCAGUGCCGAGGAUAUUGUCGGAAUCCGACGGAACAUCGCCUUGCCGGAAUUAGGAUUCGGAAUGUUUCCAAUGGCCUUCGUGCCGCGGAUUGAUCGCGAAAGGAAAUUGCCGUUCGUUCCGGCCCGGCCGGAGAAACUCAUCAUGGAGAAAAAGUUCAACCAAGUGCCGCUGAUUCUCGGAGUCGUGCGCAAUGAAGGAGCUCUCGUCUCUUCGUCCUUCUUUCUCAGUGGGAAUCGAGUCAUGCAGGCCUUUAAAGACGAUCCCAUCCGCACGCUCAGCUUCUUGAUCAACAUGGAAAAACGGCCCGACGGCCUCGAAAUGGCCCAACUGGUCCACGAUCGAUACUUGGACAAACAACAAAAUUACGAAGAUCAAAUGGAACAGAUCGAACAGAUCAUUUCAGAUUACGGGUUGUUCAAAUGCACCGACGACUCCGUCAACCUUUUCAGCCAGUUCAACGAUUACCCGACCUUUUAUUAUUUCUACACGCAUCGCGGACAGUUUUCCUUUCCCCAACUCGUCGGAAUUACACCUGAAAUGGAUUUCGGAGUGUGUCACGCCGACGAGCUAUUUCUGAUGUUCACCGCUGGAUACCUGCCUCUCAUCAGCACUCCAGACGAUGUCAAAGUGUCGGAAACUCUUCUCGACUUAUGGACGUCCUUUGCCAAAGAUGGGGCUCCUCGAAGUCACCACGUUGACGACCAGUGGCUGCCGGUCGAGCAAGGAAAGACGCGCUACUUGAACAUCAACAGUCAACCGACCUUUGUCAAUGACAAAAUGCCUUUCGAACGACGAUUGGCAUUCUGGGACCGCAUGAAAGUUCAAAAUCGAUUGCUUCUCGCCAAGGACGAAUUUUGAAUUAAAAAAAAAAUGUAAAAGAAAACACGUUUUAAAUCAAUACAUGCCAUGGAACUCGA